AUGAAAACCGCAGAGGAAGACAGGGCAAUGAGUCUCAAACUUUUCGUCCAUAGUGCGAUCCUCGCCACGGUAAUCAUAUUCUUGAUUAAAGUGGCGGGAUACGCGGAUGAGCUUCAGCAGAGCCGGUGUCUCCUAGGAGUUCCAAAAGUUCUGCAGAACGCUUUUGUGCCGCCCUUCAAUUGUUCGCUCUGUGAGCAUCUGGACGAAGUUCCGUGGAUUCUGAGCAACGAAACCGACCAGUAUUCGCACCUGAUCUUAAGAAAAGAGGUUCCACUGGUGGUUCGCGGGGCUUAUCGGAAGAUCGCGUCGGAGAAGACCAUGAGCUGGGACUCCCUCAAAGAGAUUUACGCGGGGCGAACCAAGAAGGAGACGUGCCAGUUCUUCCCCUACAAAACCGAGUUCAGAGACCUCGAGGAUGCUCUACAAAUGUCGCAUGAACGCAUGCAAAAUCAUUUUUACGUUGGUUGGAGCAACUGCGACCCGAGCAUCAGCGAGAUCCUGCAGAAAAUGUAUGAUGUUCCUGAUUUUCUCCCAAAAGAUUCCGAGAGGUCAGCUCUGGAGUGGUUCUUCGUUGGAAAUGCGGGACAGGGAGCUCACCUACAUCUGGAUCGCUUGGACAAGCCGUCUUGGCAAGCCCAGUUGGGCGGAUCCAAACGUUGGACGUUUGUUCCUCUCUACGAAUGCUACUUUGCGUGUCGUCAGCUGGAGAUAGUCACCUACCCUGGCGACAUCAUUCUCCUCGAUUCGAGCAUCUGGUACCACAAGACCGAAGUCUUCGGGCCUGAGCUGAGUAUCGCCCUCGGAUCAGAAUAUGACUAG